GUACUGAACAGAUGGCUGAUUGACCACUGUGCAUCCGAUUAAGCCGACUGUUAUCAUUUUGGUCAGUAACGGGUAGCUUUAAUCGCGCGGUGGCCUAAGCUUUGUGUCAAACGACCUGUGGAUACGUGCACCUUUGGACACAUACGUGACAUAGGUUCAUCAAUCAACACGUGCGCGCCUGUUAUAGGCGAAGUAUGAACGGUGCUGUUGCCGUAGCACGGUAGUGUUUGUGAUGUGCUGGUGCUGGCGGUAGUAUAAGCAACACUCGAAAAAAAUAUCGCCAGAGAAAAUGUCAGCCGACUCGCACCAUCGCGGUAGCCGACCGGCAACCUCCGGAGCCGCAUCAGGGACGAUUAUGCUCGGUGGCGGCAGUGUCGAUAGCGGUGGUAGUAGUGGCAGUAGCGCUAGCGGUGUGGUUCGAUGCAUUCCGACUAUCGUUCCGCCCCAGGCCGUGAGCGAUCGGUCCAUCAUCGACAGUGUGGCUGGAUUCAUAAGCGAUGUGACGUUGCAGGCCCAAACCCCACCGGGUGACAUCAAAGAUCACAUCAUUUGGGUCCGGUUCGAGAGUACAGCGGACAUCAGCGAUCCGUCUGUUGGCGACGACUGGGAGUUGGAAGGUGGUAUCGCCCCGCCACUGCUCCUUAUACUGGGUUACGUGACCGGUGUACAGGUUUGGGUCGUAGCGGCGAACGGUGAAGCGAUCGAGGUUCUUUCCUGGCGUCAUGGUUCAGUGAAGUGUCUGCGUGUACUGCCAACGCCUGCGGUGGAGCUGGCGGAUGGUGGCGGGCUGGUUGCGACUCAAGUGCUAGAUCCUCACGCCCACAAGCGACCGCUGAUGGCGCUGUGCGAAAGUGGUGGCGCCGGUGCUGCCAUUCCACCUUAUUCGUCGCUCAAUUUCGUCUCGCUCAAAGACGGCGAAACGGUACGGAGUAUCAAGUUCAAGAGCCCCAUCGUGGAUGUGCUGGCGAACCGGGCUUCCAUUGUGGUGACGUUUGCCGAGCGGAUCGCCGUGUUUGACGCGCGCACGCUCGAAGACCGGCUUACGGUGACCACUUGCCACCCGAGCCCAGGCCUUAAUCCGAACCCGGUAGCCCUGGGGCCACGGUGGAUUGCCUAUGCCGAGCGGCGCCUCAUUCCUUCGAAGCGUUCGAGCGGGGGGUGUGAGGGUGACGGAGUCACGAGCUACACAGCGACGGUGCUGAAUGCGGCUAAAAGCCUUGGCAAGGGUCUGCGCGAAUUAGGGGAGCAGGUGGCCGCCGGUCUAACGGGUAGCCAUCUUGGGUCCAGCCUUGGAACUGGUAGUGCAGCAGGAACAGGCGGUAUUGGUGGUGGUGGAGGUGUUGCAGUUGGUGGAUCGGGGGGAGGGUUAUCUGCAGGUCUCGGUAGUAGCGGCAGUGGCGGGGUAAUGGGCAGUGGCAGCGGAGGACAUGGGUUUAUUGCCGACGGAGGCGUGACCGGUGGCAGCGUAGGGAGCGGUAGUAUCAGUAUUGACGCGAGCCAGCAGGCUGGGGUUGUGACCGUGCUGGACAUCAAGCACCCGAUCCGAGAUGUGAGCCCGACUACGGGAACACCGAUCGCGUGCAACGGUAAUGACCCAAUCGUGGCCCAUUUUGUUGCCCACUCGGAAGCACUCGUCGCACUGACUUUCGAUGCGCCCGGUAUGCUGCUGUUGACGGCCGACCGCCGAGGGCACGACUUUCACGUGUUCCGUUUACAACCGCACCCCAGCGGUUCAUCGCUCGCCGCCGUCCACCAUCUGUACAUUUUGCAUCGAGGCGACACAACGGCCAAGGUACAGGACGUGUCGUUCUCGCUUGACUCACGAUGGGUAGCUGUAUCAACGCUGCGUGGCACAACCCACGUGUUCCCCGUCACACCGUACGGAGGCCCAGCCGGUGUGCGGACGCAUGGUUCACCGCAUGUUGUUAAUCGACUGUCACGCUUUCAUCGUUCGGCCGGUCUAUCGAUCGAUGCGCGGUCGAGUAGCCCCAUUUCGCACGCUGGUGGUGGUGGGCUUGGGACGCAUCAUCUAAUGACUGCGACCGCUUAUGCUAAUCCACGGACUCCGCCGUUUCCCAAUCCAACCAUCGUUCAGCCGUUGGCGCAGCUUCGCCAGCCCGCCAGUCUCACCACCCACCCCCACCACGGAGGACACUUGGCUGUCGGUGGCACGGGCAAGGGCGGUGGAAACGGGCACGGGCACACCGGACGGCAGCGAAACUCGUCUUCAUCGUCGGCCGACGAUCCGGCUGUGAAACCGUUGCGCGUUUGUGCGACGUUCGCCAAAGGGCGUUCAUGGCUGCUCGACGCUCCUGGGGCGACCAUGCGCGACACACCCGCCCACCGAAUUCAACGCAAAUCUCUCGAUUCCCUUUUCAUUUUGGCAGCGCACGGAGCGCUCAUUCAGUAUGAUCUGGAUCCAAAGCACGUUUCAGGAACGCCGAGGGAGAAGAUUUGCGAUGAUACUCCGAUCGAACUGGAGGUUGAAGCGAAGGCACAGUGGUGCCUGCAGCGUCAGGGGACGGCAUAUUCUAACGAAAUUCAACCACCACUACCAGUUGACAACUGGCUUAUCAAGGAUAGGCUUCUCGAUGGCGGCACCACCAGUGGUGCAAGUGGUGGGGAAAAUUGCGGUAGCUCAUCCCUCGAAUACCCAGCCUACGAUCGAAUAUACCAUUCGAGCGGGUCAUUGGGCAAUGAAACAAAACAGCAGCAGCACGAAAGCGCCGGCAGCAUACAGAUGACGGAUCAUGUCGACGAUCGUUGGCUCUCGCAGGUGGAAAUCAUCACGCACGCCGGACCUCACCGCCGACUUUGGAUGGGGCCACAGUUUAUGUUCAAAACGUACAAUACGCCGAGCGGCUCACCAUUAUCGUCGAUUGAUACAGAUGCGGUGGAAGUUUCCUUGGCCGUGGGUAGCACCGGUGCCGGACCAGGCGUUGCCGCAUGCGGUACUAUCUACAGUCGCCCCGCUCGCUCCAAUCCAAUGAACAUGCCUUUGGCCGGAGGUAUGAGACAGCAAUUCUUUGAUGUAAUAUGCGAAACAGGUACGAACUAUGAGCAGAGCCCACGCAUAAUGAACAUGAAUGAGUUUCGACACCACGAAAACCUGGACACGGAGUUUUCUUCGCUCGGCCCUAUAGAAUCGCAGUUACGCGAGGAUCUGGCAGAUGCGAUGCGCGAAUCACCCCUCACUACUAGCCGUGACGCCACAGGCUAUUCAUCGGCACCAGCAGCAACGUGUGUCCAUCAACAGCAAUAUCACCAUCCACAUCUGCAGCAGCAACACCAGCAGCAGAUGAGUUCAUCUAGUAAUCACUCAUUGGCGUCCACACACACCACCACAACAGGCCUCUCGUCGGUAUCGUCGUGUUCGUCCACCUCCAUCUACUCGUCAACACACUCGCUCAGCUCGAUCUGUGACCAGCAGAUUCAAAUACACCAUCAAUACCAACUGCAACAGCAACAGCAGCAGCAGCACUGCUCCACUAACAAACUUUGUGGUGGAGCGAGCGUUGGUGGCCCAUGUAGAGCUGUUCCAACAGUAGUUACGGAUACUGCAACGGGUUACUUCGAAGACAAACUGCGGCAACAACAGGGAGGUAAUGGAAAUCAACAGAAAGGUGCAGUGGCACUUCAUCAUCACUGUCGGCAGCAGCAGCAGGAGUCGGCACGAACCGUGUCCUCUGGUACUAGCUGUCGCAACAUGAUCAUCGCCAAGGUGGUUAACCCACUCGGAACGGUAACGACGGUUAGCACGAUGACAGCGGCGGCGUCUACGGUUGGUGCGACUGGUCCGGAGAGCAUCGAGUCGGACGAGCUCAUGCAAGAAUGCGAUGAGGCGUACCUGUACGAGAACUGCGACGAAGCACUCUUCCGCCCCGUGGUGACGGUGCACGCAACAGGUGCAGCGGUGCAUGUGGUCGAAUCACGAACGUCUGAUAGCCGCCUGCGGGGAUCUUCGCUAGACCGCAUUGCCAGAGUGGAUGAUUAUGUGGGAUUUGACGGUGACUACGACAAACGCUCUAUUAGCCAAUCAACCUCGCUAAUUGGUCGGGAUCUGAUCGUGCCGGUGAUUGAGGAGGAGCAUCUUUCGCACACUUCACAUGUCAUCAGCAACACUACUGCCAUAGGAGACAAGCAGCCAAUGGCACGAGUAAAGCGGACAGUGACGACAGCUCCUAAACCGGAAUCCCAUAUUGAUGCUUGCGACGAAAUCGACACCGCGAAGUUAACAAUCGACGGCAAGCGCGGCACAGCUGUUGCAUGUGUGCUUGAAGAGUUUGUCAAUGUCGAGUUUCCGGCAGAGCCAAGGGAACCAUUGUCCAAGACUGACAAGAGCGAUAUAAAGGAGCCGCCGCCGAAAGGGACGGACGCCAAGGUCAAGUCUGCCAAACGGACCUCUGUGCCGUCGUUCGGCGAGGAAGAAAAAUUGCUUACGACCACUACCGGUGGAGCCUUAUUUGAACGAAAGGGCAAAAGAGAAGGUAUAAGCGGCGGCGGUCUCACUAAGCAUGGAGAAGAGAAGCAUCGAUCGGUAACCGUCUGCACCGGUAGUAGGAAAGCGGCUCAUCCUGCGGUGGUGGUUCCUAAAGAAAAGAGGUGCCGUGACCAGCGGAUAUUCGGGUUGCUUCCGGUUGAGCAGGAUGAGGCAGUGGCUGGAAUCACCUGUGCUAUUGCCCUGCCGCCACUGGAAGCACUAAAAAUCGACGAUAAUGAAUUGUUCGGAGAAGAUAACGACAGUGAGCUGUCCGCGUGCCAGCCAAAAUGCAGGCGAUCGUGGACGGGAGUACGAAAUCGACAGCAGCCGAAGCCGCCACCCACGUCGUCAUCUUUAUCGUUGCGCGAAGCGCCGUCCGCAAACCUGUCGACGGCGGACAAUGACGAAUUUCACGAUUUUUCAACCAAGAACGAGAUUGUGGACUUUGCACCGGCACUUCUGCCACUCCGUACCACCGACACUACUGUGGCCUCUCCUCCAGCUGAGCAAGAAGCACAUACAAGAGAGAGCACUUUGAUCAGCUUCGAAAGUCCGCUACAGGAGCGCGAUAUCCUCUUGCUGGACGAGCGGGAGCAGCUACAGCUAACGGACGAACGAAAUCAGGUCAGCGAUCAAAUGCAGAAUAUACUCCACGGUGGUAACAUUCUGUUGGCAAUGUGCUCCAGCCUGCACAAAGCGUCAUCGUCUUCAGAACAACCGUUCAGCCAUCGACAAAGCACUGCGAUAAAAGAAGUAUUAACCGAAGGACAAGACUCGGACUACAAAAGCCUCGAGCUCGAGACAGACGUUAUGUUGUCGGAGGUAAAUGGAAGAAGCGCCCUAUUAGGACUCGAACCUAAUGGUGGUAGUGGUUGUAUCAAUCUGGUUGUUGCCAAUCGACCUGCUGCGACCGGCAGUGAUGUUGAGGACAUAGCGGAGGAAGAUGAUCAAGAGGAAGCAGAGAAGGAGGACUACGAGGACGAUGACGUUACCAUCAACUCCAACAAUGAGCCGGAAGAGGAAGCUGUGGAAGCUACGACUACGAUUACCGCCAGUGAUUGUGGUGGAAUUACAAACAAGCGGAUCCGAAAGCGCGGAGGAGCACGUGCGGCUGUCAGUUCACCACUUAUUCACGAUCACAUUGGCGAGGACGGUGAGAAGGAAGAUGAGGAUGGAGAAGAGGCCGCUGAUGACGACGAGGAAGAGGAAGACGAGGAGCUACAACCAUUGAUCUCCGGUAACAAAACAUUUUCCUCGUCGCUGUCCGCCACGACCUGUGCGAAGGCACUCGUCUCGGACAGCGUUUUCUCUGCUCAAUCACUCGCCGGUUCCACAACCCUGCCGGGGAACCAAACGACUUGUGGGGUGCUAAGCAGUUCCAACGCCAGUGUGCAACCGGACGUAGUCAAUAAUCGGUCGGACGCUGUCGCACUAUACGCGCUUCCAACCGUGGAAGGAACAGUUGCAUCGAAAAUUAAGAUAACCACCGCAGUGACAACGGUAUCUGGUGGUGGCAUCCAACAGCAGCUGGCCUCGCGACAGUCGUCAUCAACGUGUGGCGGUGCAACUUGCAGCGGGACCGGAAAUGGGAACGGGAAAUCAAAAAAAUCUAAAAAAAAACGCAAAUAAUCAACGCUAGCGAAGCGAAUGAUGCUAGCCGUAGCGUCAUUGCUGCUGAUACUGUUUUAUGUCGUUGAUCCAUUGCUAUGGGCUUUCUCUCUUGCGCGACGCCUUCUCAUGUGUUAGGAUUACGAUGCGUGUGUAACGUUUUUGUAUUGUUUGGGGUGGUUUUUCUGAAUUUAUUCAACAUGUCCCGCAACACACACACACACACACACACACAUAUAUAUAUAUAUAUAUAUAUAUAUAUAUAUAUAUAUAUAUAGAGCAACCAACUUGCUGCCCCAUGCACUUCUGUCGCCUCAUUUAUUCUCCUUUCUGUAUUCGGGCGCCGGUACAUAAAUAUUUUACAAGGCGAAACCGAACUUUGUUCGUAAGCGAACGUUCACAACAGGGAAUGCUUGUACUCGUCCAUUGCAUCGGUAGAGGGAAAUGUGUUUCUCCUUCACCAUUUUUUCACUUGACGCUUGCUGCUGCGGUUAUCCUUAUCGGUAGUUGUCUUACCUGUCAUGAAGAGGUUGGUACCGUUUGCUUUGCGCAUGCCAUUUGAGUGUACGUGUGCAGUGUCACAGUAUACGUUUUAAACGCCGCAGGUCCUUUUUGUGUAAGAGUUAUAAUUUUUUUAUUUUUCCAUGGAUGCAUCGACAGUAAAACAUCAUGGCGCAACUUAAUUUGUGUAAUGAAAGCGCCAACCAACAGUAGAAAAAUCUAAAGUCAUGCAGAUGGGAAAUUAAAUUUACUCACGCCGACUACUUAAGCAGGAUUGAUAUCUGUCUUGUCUAGCAACAAAUAUACCAUUAUAACCACUCGCUCAGAGUGAUUACAUUGAUUAUGUGGUUCUUGAUAAUUUGUACUAAGAAUGUUUGUUUUUUUGUGUUCUUGAUUCUCUUAAUAGGGUCUUGGAUAUAAAUGUUUAAUACAUAAAGAUACAUUUCUUACAUUGGAUUCAUGUGCGAGGGUAUCUAUUGUCACUAAACCAAGAUGCAGUAGAACCUCUCGGUAAAAGUAAUGGUGUACUUUGGCAUCAGGCAGCAUGUGUUGAACAGGGAAUCGUGUUGCCCGUAGGUGUUAUUAUAUUACUCCAGCUUUGUGUAAGCUGUCGGAUGAAAUAUUAGAGCACUAGCCCAGGCUGAUAAGUAAGUGAACUUAUUUUAGUAAUAGAACAAGACAUUUUAUUCUGUUUGAUCAAACUAUUUACGGAGAGGACGCAUUCUUGUUCUUUUAGAUUGCAGUUUUUUUACUUCUUUCUUCAUUUUCUAUUUAAUUUUUGCUUUCAAUGCAUUAGUUGAUCGUAUAGAAACUCCUAGUAAGCUGUCAAAAAUUUAUAUACAACCAAGAGAAUUGAAAAGGGCAUCAGGAGUCCGAAUAAAAAUAUGUCACUUAAGAUUCUAACCGCCAUACGGUUUGCUUAGUUGUAUUCCCCAUGAAAUCAGAUACGUUGUCAGAUAAUUGUUUGUUUUUGGUUUUGGCAACUGCUAUUAUUUUUAACUGCUAUUCAGUUACCUGUUAUCGAGAGAUCCGUGUGAUGGAGAUGUGGGAAAAACAUGUUGCAAACUUGAAAAUACAAAAAAGAUAAGACGAUAGGUAAUACAGUUAUUCUUAAACAGGCACCAGAAAGUGUUUAAAAAAGCCACCUAAUUCUAAUAUUUUACAAUAAAAAAAGUAGAACAACCGGCAAUGUCUGCAGCAACAAAAAAUCAUUAGAUAAGUUGUUUGUGAAGCUGAAUAAAGGUAAAGAAUCCCAAAAAGUAUAAUACGAAGGCAUAAUUUACACAUCGCAAUGGGAUAGAAAAAAGGGUAGACAUCGUUCAGAAAUAAGCGAAUAAACACAGAACAAAUAGCACCAAAGGAUGCGUGUGUGAGGGAAAGGCGAACCUAACAUAGAUUGGACAAAAAUAACACUAGGCAGAUCUGAUGUGCGCAACCUAGAGCCCCAAUUAAGGACCGAGAGGACAAUUAAGAACAAAUAGUAACGAAGCAGAAGGAAAGAGAAAAUGAGCGAAAGAGUAAACUGGAAAUAUAAUUCAAAAAUAAGUUAACAAGAUUCAAAAUAAGUUCAACACAGAAAACAAAACAAAAAAUUAUAAAAACCCAUAAAAUGUGAUUAUUUAUAUAUUUAUCGAAGAAGCAGUUUAGCGUUUAGAUUGAGCAUCGAUAGGUGGUCAAAGCAAGAUGCGUAGAAUUGUUACGUGUUCGACUGUAAACCUAUGAGUUACAAUUGUUUUAUUUACAGCCAACAUAAACUUAGACUCGAUAAAGAAAACAGUUAGGGCAGAACACAUUGUUUAGACCAUGGCAUAAACACAUGAGAGUGAGAAAAAAAAGAUCUAAUUUUUGAGUGAAAAAUGAGAGAAAGGGAGAAGUGGGAGUAAGAUAAACAAGGAUUUUGCAGUGCAGUGAUCCAGGUUAUGCGAAAAACACCGAAGAAAAAAACCUUUUUUCAUUGGAAGAUCUGUCGUUUAUGAAACGUCUUACAAAGUGGUAAAGAAAAGCAUAAGAAGUCAUGAAAAAAGAAAUAGAGAUAAUAAAAAACGAAAAGUGAGAAAACUUAUAAAC